CAUUUUACUCAGGCAUUCACAGGAGGCCCUAAAGUCGCACAAUCAUCAACAAUCGACGCCGAGUCAGAAGGUCCUCACAAGCAGCAAUCAGGCAUAAAAAUAGAAGUGAAAACUUCCUGGAGAAUAUAGUAUAAUUACAUUUAAAUCUCUUACUCAGUACCUGUUUGGCUCUGUGUGUCUGGUAGCUAAUCGGCACCAUGUUUAUCUCUUCGCAAAACUCACCGCCCUCCUUCAAAGAUUUCACCCUCGUCAUGCCAGCAGUGGCUGUUGGGAAUGUGGGCCAGCUGGCUGUGGACCUCAUUGUGUCCACUCUCAACAUGAGCAGAGUUGGCUACAUACACACAGACUGUCUCAUUCCCAUGACUGGAAACAACCCGUACGCUACCUGCAAAGAAGAUGCUGAGGAGCUGCACACCCCUGCAGAAGUUUACACAGCAGCAGAACUGAAGAUGGCAGUUCUUCAAAUCAGAGCACCAAUUAUUCAGACAAAAUCCAAAAAGUUCCGUCAGUUGCUCGUGUCUUGGAUCAAAGCCAGCGGGUUCUCCAGGACUGUAGUUCUGUCCAGCAGCCAUGCCUACCAGAGGGACGACCAACAGCUACAAGGCACUCCUUUGAGGUACCUGGUCACUCCGUCCCUGCUGAAGGUGAGUGCGGAUGCUUUGAAGGACCUUGGCUGGAAGGAGAUGGAGCGAGUGUCGGCCUUCCCAGGAUUGACAGACGCCAACACAGAGCCACGCCUCUACAUCCCCGGAGGAGGCAUAACCAAAGGACUUUACACAGACAGCUGUGCAGAAGAUCUCCCUCUGGCUGUGCUGCUGCUCUUCUGUUCAGAAGGCGACAACAUCCCAGAUGCCUUCACGCUUGUCAACCACCUCAACAACUGGCUUCAUCUGCUGGAAAAUCCCGUAAGACAGCCUUACAUACAAGCCAAAAGCCCAACAAAUGGAAGAUCCCCACUUCCUGGAGUCUUCUUUUUGGCAGCGGUAUCCCUCCAGCACUGUUCUGAUACACACAUAUUUAGUUUUUGCUAUUUUAAUAAUUAGCAUAGGGAACUGCAGCAAAGUCUUAUAUAUGUAUUAUAUUGAGUUUACUUGGUCUGGAUCUAAAACUUAGUUGUAAACUGACCCCACAAGAACCCUACCACAACUUUAUUUUGAGAAUAAUCUUUAAAUGUACAAACAUUAUGUCAUGUACAGGAAUUGACCCACACAUGCACUUCUGGAAUACUAUUUCCUUGUAUUGCAGCAUUUAAAUGUUUUUUUUCCAAUAAAACAUUGCGAUAAGAAUC